CGGAUCCAAUACGUCAUAGGCCACGCCCACUGGAUACAAACGCAGCGCGGGAGUCAGAUGAGGUCAGGAACACAUGGCCGUCCCGUUGCUAGAACACGGCAGCGCCAAACAUUUCACUGACGACUGCUUCCUCAACUUGGGCCAAUACAGAGCUGGACUUGCUCAACGUCUGAAAAUCAAGUCAAACCUCGACAAAGCCAGCUCAUCAAGUGCUUCCAUUCAGCAGCUUCUCUCAAGGGAUGUCGCCUGCCAGACAUAACACCUGGAAACGCAUACUUGUAGGCACACAGCUAUCCUUAAAGUCUUUGCAGCCCCAUUUUAAAAGUGAAGAAGACUUCGAUGCCUUUGGAGACCGUAGAACGUAGCGUGGCGCCACCUCAGAGAGUCUGGGUGUGGUCGCCCCUGGCUCCUCCCACAUGUCCAGUCACAGCGGGGAGCUGAAGAUUCUGAGCGUCUACGGAAAAGGGGAGGGCCCACUGGCGGAGGACGGCCAUGGCACCCUCUUCACCGCGUCAGAAGUGGAGGCCCUGAACUCGCUGUCUGCGGACCACAGCGCGGCCAAGAGCCUGGAGCGCGGCGAGCGGCUGGUCUGCCGCGAGGAGCUGAGUGUGCAGCAGACCCCAGACACCAUUUCAAUCAAGGUUGAAGAGGAUAUUGGUGGAGGCAUGCCUGCUGUAGAAGACUGCGAUGCCUUUGGAGACCGUAGCACGCAGCGCGGCGCCACCUCAGAGAGUCUGGGUGUGGACGCCCCUGGCUCCUCCCACAUGUCCAGUCACAGCGGGGAGUUGCGGAUCCUGAGCGUCUACGGUAAAGGGGAGGGCCCACUGGCGGUGGACGGCCAUGACACCCUCUUCACCUCGUCAGAAGUGGAGCCCCUGAACUCGCUGUCUGCGGACCACAGCGCGGCCAAGAGCCUGGAGCGCGGCGAGUGGCUGGUCCGCCACGAGGAGCUGAGUGUGCAGAUACCAUCAACUAACACCACUAAGACAGCGAAAAAAAGAGGAAAGACACUUGUUGAAAGGACAGCUACUAAAAGGGAGGCGGAGAGAGCUCGAAAUAAAACCAGAGUAAACAUCGGCGUGGCUUAUGAGCGAUGGAGAGAGUUACGUGACCUGAGAAACUUAAAAUCGGACGCUGAGAUGGCUACAUUUCUUAUAGACAGUUAUGAGAACCUCACAUCCCCUACUUCAUCCACACCAUGCAAGCGCAGGAGAAACCUGCCUCUUCCCCAAGCUUCAAGCAUUCAUUCAGAGACACUCUUAGACAGAGCCGAUGACUUCUUGGAUGCUGAAGAUGUAGAGGACACCAAUCCUGCCACUACCUUUCAAAGUAUGGCUACAAGUAUUUCUCCACAGGUAAAUGACAUUGAAGUCAUAACUGAAGAAGAAUUUAAUGACAUCCGGAACUCUACAAUUGGCUGGGCCGAUAACACCUGGGAAGAUGACAGUGGAGAAGAUGACAGUUGGUACCCAGAAAUGGAGAUGGACAAUGGGUCAUCUUCAGAGGAGGAAGAAAUGAUGGGGGAAGACUGUGAAUGCAGUGAUGACAGUGACAUCGAUUACGUGCCUUAUCUCUGUGUGCGGACUGGUGGAGCUCUCCAAAAGAGCAAAUGGCUGGACACAUUACCAGCUGUUGGUCUGGAGGAGACUGUUCAUGACCUUGAUGAUGGACACAAUUCCUCAGAAGUGAUACCACCGCUACCAGAGAAGACCCAAGUCCUCUGCAAGGAAGAUAUAAUUGGACAACCAGCUUCCAUUGUCUACCAUAGCUGUCUUAAACAGCUGGCUCAGUAUCUUGUCUUACCAAUCCCCAAGUGCAACACAAAGGACCCAGUAACUGAUGCUGAAUGUGGAGCACUUAGACCAUUUGAGGUGAAAAUAACUUCCAGGGGCACAUCAGUUGUCGUGGAAUGGAUAUGUCAUCAGGGUCACAGUGUCUGGAGGUGGAACUCCCAGCCCACUCUAAAAUAUGGGAUGCAUGCAGGUGACUUCAUGUUGUCCUCGAACAUCCUACUCUCUGGGAACAACUACGGGAAGGUGGCUCUGCUGUUCAAAUUCAUGAACUUGGGAAUAGUACACAGAACCACAUUCUUUAAAAUCCAGGACGCCUACUGCUUUGACGCCAUCGAGGACGACUGGGAUGACAAGAGGUCAGCCAUUAUUACCCGGCUGAAAUCAAAGGACAGUGUAGUGGCCCUUGGUGACGGUCGUAUGGAUAGUCCUGGGUUUUCAGCACAGUACUGUACAUACACAACGAUGGACAACGACAGUAAAGAGAUCAUAUCAAUUGUCAAUAUUGAUAAGAGGGAGACCCAGAAGAAUUCGGUUAUCAUGGAGAAGGAGGCUUUCAUCCGGACCUUUGAGACUCUCCACAAAGAGAUUCGCCUACAGGAGUUUUGCACUGAUGCUCAUUCACAGAUCUCGGCGCUCUUCAAUCCAACAAAAGGCAGGUUCAAGGACUCUGGUGUUCGACACACCCUUGACAUCUGGCAUGGAUCAAAGAACUUGGGUAAAAAAAUCCAUGCAGCAGGCCUUCGGAAAGGAUGUUCAAUUCUCCUUACCUGGAGUAAGGAGAUAUGCAACCAUUUCUGGUAUUGCUGUAAGACUGCACAGAACAUUGAUCAGUUCGGUGUCUUCUCCACCAUGUUCAAGGAGAGCAUGAGUGGGCCCUAUCUUGCUGUGAACAUGGCCCCUUGUCGGCCGACAGGGAGAAGGAGUGGAUCCAGAGUGAUUCUGAGGCCUUUCAGGUUCUGUCAGAAAUAGUGCUGGAUGAGCACUGGCUGAAGAAUGUGGAGAAGUUCCUGAGUUUCAGGUAAGUAAACAUUUUUUCAUAAGAAGGUUAUUGUAAGUGGCUAAGUCCUGCUAUAUGGGCAUUUGAGAUACAGUGCUCAGGCUAAUGACUUGGCUGAGGUGCUUGCUAUACACUGUCUUACACUUGUCACAAUACUGGGCACAUGGUGUUAUAAACACUAUUCAUGGUAAUGGCUCUUACAAGCAUAUCUAUAACGCUGUAUUCAUGGCCACUUUCAAAUGAGAACUAAAGUUAUAUUAUAUGUGUAUAGAUAUGGGGUCAUAGCGUAUUCAUCUGUUUCUUU